AUGUUUAUUUGUUUUGCCAGGGUUAUUCCUUGUCUUGUAAAGGAAUUUGUGAAUCCCACUAUGGUACCAUUUGUGUUGCCGAAUGUUCUGCAAUCGCAGAAAAAUUGCACUAAAGAGGAGUUUAGUCAGCUCAUAUUACCAUAUCUCAAACCUGUCAUGAAGAUGACUGAUCCCAUUCAGAUUCUGCUGAUAUUCAUGCAGAAAAUGGAGUUACUGCUGAAGCUCUGUCCGUGUGAGGAAGUAAAGUCUGAUGUACUACCUAUGCUGUACCGAGCACUAGAGACUGAUGCCCAGCAGAUCCAAGAACUGUGUCUCUCUGUUUUACCAACAUAUGCCAGCCUCAUUGAGUAUCCAGCUAUGAAAAAUGCCCUUCUGCCCAGAAUCAAGAGGCUAUGCAUUUCCACGUCCUUUAUAUCUGUACGUGUGAACUGCCUAGUGUGUGUCGGCAAAUUGUUGGAACACCUGGACAAGUGGUUGGUGUUGGAUGAAGUCUUGCCAUUCUUGCCUCAAAUACCCUCCAGGGAACCAGCAGUACUCAUGGGCAUCCUUGGUAUAUACAAAUUGGUGUUGACCCACAAGAAGAUGACUAUGACCAAAGAAGUUAUGGCAACCAAGGUUAUUCCUUUCUUGAUGCCACUCAGUAUUGAGAAUGCCCUGACACUGAAUCAGUUCAACGCAAUCAUUGCUGUCAUCAAGGAGAUGGUCAACAGAGUGGAAGGGGAACACAGAGUCAAACUGGAACAACUUAACUCCAUACAAAAUGAGCAACAAAAUAUGGACUCCAAUAUGGCAUCACAGUUAACCUCUGCUCCACCUACAAGGUCAGAGUUUGAGGAAAUCCUGGGAAUGCAACCUAGUCCACCCAGGCCUACAAUGUCCGUGAACUCCGACAUCUCAUCAUUGGCUCAAUCCAAACCUCUUUCUCUACAGGACAAACAAGGGUUAGUGAAGGAGCAGGAUGCUGUCAGAAGACUCCAACAAGAGCCAGUUCUGAACCCUACACAAGUUUUACCAAAGGGCCCACCUCCUGUAAAGGACCUCACUAUGUCUCUGAUGGAAAACAACCUGAAGCAGAUAUCUCUGGGUGGGCUGGGCCCACCGGUAGCUCCAGUGGCUGCUCCUGUAGCACCAGUAGCUGCGUGGACUGCACAGGCUUGGAGACCCCCUGUACAACCGCAAGCGUGGCAGAGCGCUCCCGUAACCUUCCCUGGCCCUCAGUUCCAACUCUCCACCAACAAGGUACCCAUGAACACUAUGGUCAGCCAAAACACAUUUCAGAGCUCCAUGAUGAACGGCAUGAAACCCUCACAGCCCACCAAACAGCUCUCCAACACUGAGAUCAAUGAUUUUCUCAGUUAAUAUUUAUGUUUGAGUAAAAUUGUUUUUAUGGUAUAUUUUAUUUUUUUUAGGAACUUUUAUGUUUUCUACAAAGGCGUUUUAACCGAACCAGAUUUUAAUAUUUUUAAAUGUGUUUUGUGUUUUUGACAACUAGAAAUACGGUGGUAAAUUUGUUUCACAGAAAUUAUAAUAUACUGUAAUUUGUAUGUAUAUAUCAUUUUAGUAUAACACAAUUUGUAUAUUUUAUACAUUCCUGGUGUAUAAAUUUGAACUACUAUGAAUAGUGUCAGUAUUAUUUAUUUAUGAUUUACCUAAAGCAUGAACUAGUCUUCUUCUGGUCACGUUUUCUUAAGGUUAACUGGAGGCUGCAGUUUAUGUUGAUUAGAGUUGCUGUGAUUUCUUGCUGAUUACAAUUUUCAGUUGUUAUUUAUUUAAAAUAUCCUCUCAUAAAUUAAAAAUAUAUGCAUAAAAUUCUAUUUCCGAUGUAUUUAUAAAAUUAUCACAUUUAAUGCUGUUUUGAAGCAAGUGCCUUUUAGUACAUUGUAUUUUUUUUUAUUUUUUUUAUUUACAAGUAUUGUAGUCUGGUAUGAUAAUUUUGUGUAUAUGUAUGUCUUUAGGUUAACUUGAACUAUCACUACUUACUCUCUGUUAUACCAAGAUUAUAAAUAUAAUGAAAGCAGACUCUCUUCAUUGAUUAAUAGAUGUGGAUGUUGUAAUAUAUUAAUUACAUAACUAUGUAAUUAAUUUGCUUCUAAGUAACAUAAUACUACCUACUAAUGUACUACUAAAAUAUCAUUAUACAUGUCAUUACAGAUUAGAGGGAAAUAGGGGUGUGUUAGAAAUAAUAAACAUAAAUAACAAAAUAAAAUUGAGUUCAAUAUCUUAACAAUGUUUUUCAGACUACUUUCUGUGGUCUUUUUACUUUAAGUAGUACUGAUUACUUGAAAUCAUAGUUAAAUAUUUGUUUUUGUGAUACAGUAAUUAUUUAUUAUCAGUAUAAGCAUCGAUUCCAUGUUGAUACUGAACUGUCUUGUGUACGUUAUCUGAUUUUAAGGCACAUGGUGUUUCUGAAAUACAAAUUUUCUGUAAAAUAACUUGAGUGAAUAUUGUAUAGAAGGUACUCCCAAAUCAAGUCAAGCUAUAGUUGAAAAAAAAAUGAUGAAAUCUCUAAUCAAUUCAAACUUAAGAUGCAGCAUUAAAAAAACUUGGGAUAAAAACAUGGUCUUUUCUGUAUUGUGAGGGGAGAUGAUUAAUAUGUUUUAUUACGAAAUUUAAAUUAUGUACAUUUAUAAAACGUUACAAAACGGCAAAAAUGCCCAUGAGGGGCUUGCUUAUAUAUUAUAGAAAUUGUUACUUAGCUAAAGAGUAAGCUAUGAAUAUAAUAAAUAAACAUUUGGACCAAAAUAUUUUAACAGCACCUAAGCAAGUACCAGUUGUAAUUGCUUUCUUAAUCCUACUUGGUUGUUUAUUAUUAUAUUUAAAAAGAUAAUUGUAUUUUUCCAUAUUAUUAUAUGUUGUGUUGCACCUUAAAAAUGUGUUACCUUGUAACUUUUGUGUAUACAGUAAUGUGAUAAACUCUUGUUUAAAAGUUGACAUUUCUUUGUUCAGUGUUUUUGUACCUUAACUUUUACUUAUGAAGCAAUAAAUGAUUAUUGGAAAUCAAUAUGUUUUGAACUAAAUCAGGAUAUUGGUUCACUACACUUUACUGGUAAAUUUGUCAGUUACUUACAAUUUAAGUAUUGGACACCAUAUGUUUUUGACAAAAUAUUGAUCCUUUUAGAACUUGCACACCCCUAUUUUUAAUGAAAAACUAAUAAAUUAUGCUUAAAUAUACUUCCUAUUCUUUGAUAUAUACUUGUUUGAAUUCACAUAGUUAUUUACAUAAUUGUUUUCUUGCACUGUGAACCCUUUUUGUAAUAUUAGUGUUUAUGUUACUUAAUACCAUUUAUUGUUAGAUUAAAGCCUAUAAAAUAGCUUUUAUUUUUCCUUUUCACUCAAAGUCCCUACAUUAAACUCUAAGCAUUAACUUGUUUUUAUAAACAAUCUUUCAGAAAUAUCCACUGUUAUUAUGUUCUGAACUCAUACCUCACUUGUCUCGUACUCCCAUCAACGAGCUGUGUGGUAUACUGAACACUUCUGAAUUAGAAUCAGUGGUGGGGGACUUUGUAUUCAAGCAAUACUCUCUAUCCAUACCAAGGGUUAAAUACUUGAUUAAUUUGCCGAAACUGUAACAGCAAAUAAUGCUCUUACAGUAUAAUAUUGUUGAGUGUAUCCGAUGUAUAUAAGGUCUUUGUUAUGUACCUGAAACAAUUCAAACUUUUUUUAAGUGUACCAAAAGCUUAACAAUUUCCAUGUUGUACUAAUGUUGAUUGAUUGAAGUAAUUCCAUAUGGAAAAUAUGAACUAUCAUUGUGAAGGUUGUCACAAUAGGUAAUGUUAACUUUACUUUUUUGAUAUGACAUAAACAUGUUCUGCACAAUAUUCUAUGGUUUGAUAACCUUGAUGCUUGUUUAAAAUUAUGUUUAGAGUAUAUUAAGUGAAAAAUAUAGUGGGAACUGGUUCUCAAAACGUAAUGUCAGGGUUGUGUGUAAUUUAAUAAGACCUUAGAAAAAAGUUGAAGAAACCCAUUUUUUUGACAUUUGUUUGGGCGAUUACUUCCUUGUUAUACGUAAACCUUUGUCCGGCAAGCUGCUUCUUCAAAUUUGGAAAUAAGAAGUCACUGGGGGCCAAAUCUGGUGAAUAUGGUGGAUGUUGUAAUAAUUGGAACUUGAAUUCUAUAAUUUUGGCCAUCACAACUGCACAGGUAUGCACACUUGCAUUAUCUUGAUAAAACAAAAUCUUUUUCUUUUUCAGAUGAGGACGUUUUUCCUUUAUUUCUUUGCUCAGCUGUUUCAAUAAUGAUGCAUAAUUCUCUCUUUUUAUCAUUGUUCCUUUAAUCCUUCAAAUAAUCAAUUUAGAUGAUUCCGCAGACAUCCCAAAAGAUCGUGGCCAUAACCUUACCGGCCAACUUGACCGUCUUAGCCUUUUUCAAAGUCCGUUCGCCUUCAAAAAUCGACUAUUUUGACUGUUCUUUUGUCUGUAGGGUUUAGUGAUGUAUCAAUUCCAUCAGGAUUGUAAUGGAAAAGCACUAAAAUAGCUUUAGAGUCAACCACACAUUUGCAUUUAUUCUCUACUGUGAGUAAACACUGCACCCGUCUUGCUAAGGUUUUUUCAUUCAAUUUCUUUGUGCAAAUUGAAGCCACCGUACUUUGCAAAAAGCCAGUGGUCUCAGCUGUUUCGUGCACUUUGAUCACUUAAAAUCAUAUCGUGGAUUUUAUCAACCAUUUUGAGGGUAGUCCGGAUCUGCAUUCAUCUUUUGUGGAUGUACGACCAUGUUUCAACACAUCCACCCAAUUGUAAACAGUUACAAACACUGUGCAGAUGUGCCAUGAACUUUGUCCAACUCAGCUUUGAUUUCUUUCGGUAUCAACCCUUUUUAAUGCAUAAGUGUUUAAUCACUGUAUGAAACAGACUAUUAUCCAUUUUUAUAGACAAUUUAAAGUUGUUUACUUCAAUUGAAAUGAAACAACUUAUAAAGUUACACAUGAACACUGACCUUUUUUAAUUGCUGACGGCUUCCUCAGAAUAGAAAGUUAACAACACAAAGUAGAACAUAUUGUUUUCUUAUUAUUGCAGAGUCAUAACAAGCAGUUGUACUUCUCUUGUUUGUGUGCAACCCAGCUGUUUGGGUGACUGUUCAACAAUUG